AAACCGCAUUACGCAAACAUUCAAUCUCAAGAUCUCAUCUUCAACCUCUCGCCGUUCGAAACCCUAACCCUAGUUUUUAAAAUCUUCACGGCGCAAGAGAUCUUGUCUAUCCCGCUCAAUAGAUCCUCACUUGCUCUAUUAUUCUCACUAUUUUUCAAUCUCUAAUAUUCGUUUUCGAGACAUUUUUUUGAAUCGUAUUAUUUCUUUUUGUUUCCGUACGGUCUAAAAGAAUUAAUCGAAGAUGUCUCGGUGCUUUCCGUACCCUCCUCCUGGUUAUUAUAGGAACGGAGCUACUGCACACGACGCCUUGAUCGAAUCGAUUAAGCUCCAGAAGAAAACCGAUAAGACGAAAUCUGAAAGAAAGAAAGAGAAGAAGGACAAGAAAGAAAAGAAAGAUAAAAGACGAAAUGAAAAAAGAAACAAUGAAGUUUCUCAUAAGGUGUGGCAGAAUUCAGCUAAUUGUACAGACCCUCAAAUCAAGGAGACAAAGGCAAGCACUGAAGUGCUUGAUAAGAGUGACUUGACCCAAGAGCACGGUCAACCCAUCAGCUCACACCAACCAAGCUACUCAUCCGAUAGCACACAAAACAGUAACAAAAGAAAAAGAGACGAAUACAGUUUAUUACCUGAUAGCUCUGCUGGCAAUGGAUCGUUCAAGAUUCGGUUUCUGAAGAAGCAGAAAGGAUCUGAUUCUAGCGGUUAUGUUGCAGAUGGAAGAUCAAACACUUAUACGUCGGUGGCAUCUUUCAACUCAGACAGAAGUAUGGUUUCAAGCAUUGGGAAUACUAGUGUUCCUACAACAACUGGGAAAGAAAACAGAACUCAAACUCAAACGAAGUUACACUCAACUUUUAAGGGAACAAAGAUUAGUGAUUCAAAUAGGCCGCAUUUUAGUAAAGUACAGUGUGUCCCAGCUUUAGCAAAACCAGCCUUUCAAUCUACCGAACCACAACAGCAAGUUAUUUCUCGAACUCAUAUUGAACGUGAGAUACCAAGUUAUCGUGGCGUUUCCAAUCUUGUUAUAAACAAGACAAGCACAUCAGCUACAGGAAGACUGUCUGUUAAUGAAAUCCCAGUGCCUGUUAUUACCAAGCAAAAGGAAGACUUGCAGAAGGUAGGUCCCACACGAUCGGAGAAAAAGAUGUUGAAGAAGCAUGCGAAGUAUGAAAAGCUAAUAGGAAGUUGGUUACCGCCGGUUUACCAAGCUGAGCUACCUGAUGAUGAUUGGCUGUCUAGCAGUAAACCCUCAAGAUCUUCGGUCUUGAAGGUUGAUGCUGAAACAUGUUGGGAAUCGGUAGCAUCUUGGCAGCCGUGUGCGCGCUUUUUAGCUGAGGUGGAUAUACAUGCGUUGCCUUACACAAUUCCUUUCUGAUAUACUUAAGAUGUUGUAUAGUUGCAUCGGUUGAGAGCCGAAAUUGAGUAGAAAUUUUUUUUGUAGUUAGGGGAAGAUAUACCAAAUGGGGGUGUCUUCGAUAAUACCAAAUGGGAUCAAUGUUUAAGUGUUGGUUUUAAUUUUUGAACCAUUCAAUCGUUAUACAUUGCUAUUUGGAUUUAA